GCUAUGACGAAGUAGAUUCUGCGCUUCAGCGAUGAACUGACGCUUAGUAUUUAAUAGAUAAAAUCUGAUACAGGUGGUAGUGAUCAAAAAAUGACGGACACAUCUACACACAUAAACGUAAUAAUAAACAGCAGCAUCGAUGACAGUGUUGACAGUUGUGUUAACGAUGAAGACGACAAGGAACGUUUAUUGAAACCAAGAAACAAUUUUGCGUCAUACUCCAAUGAAGAUGUUAAAGUUAGAUUUCGGAAUGUUACCUCCAACCAUGAUAUUGUGUCAUCGCAGAAUAUUAUGGAAACACUUACUAAUAACCAAGGGAGGCUUAAUACUGAAGAAAUAACCCCUGGUGCUACUAAUUUCCUAUCAACUAAUUAUGAGAGUUUAGAUUAUGAUCCCUGCGAGAAUCACCUUUUUCAAGAUGAAGAAAGAAGCAAAGGGUAUAAGUUUGUAGUUAAGAAGAACUUUGCUAGAUGGUUUAUUUUUUUAUUGAUAGGCAUUUGCACAGCACUUAUAGCUUCUUUUGUAAAUAUAACUAUAGAAAUAUUAACAAAUUACAAAUAUGGUUACCUCAAAUUUUAUAUGGAUCAGUGUGUGACAGAAAAUUGUUUAUUUAUUCCAUAUUUAUUAUGGUUAGUCUUAAAUUUUCUGCCUGUUUUAAUAGGAGCUAUUUUAGUAUCUUAUGUGGAACCUGUUGCAGCAGGUAGUGGUAUACCACAAGUGAAAUGUUACUUGAAUGGAAUUAAAGUACCUAGAGUUGUUCGCAUUAAAACAUUAGCAGUAAAAAUAAUAGGGGUAAUUUGUACAGUAGUGGGAGGUCUAGCUGGUGGAAAAGAAGGACCUAUGAUACAUUCCGGAGCUGUGGUAGCUGCAGGAAUAUCACAAGGAAAAAGCACUACAUUUAGGAAAGAUUUAAAGAUAUUUCAAUAUUUUAGAGAAGACCAUGAGAAAAGAGAUUUUGUAUCAGGAGGUGCAGCUUGUGGUGUAUCUGCUGCAUUUGGUGCACCAAUUGGUGGAGUAUUAUUCAGUAUUGAAGAAGGAACUAGCUUUUUUAAUCAGAGCCUCACAUGGAGAACAUUUUUUGCUAGUAUGAUUACAACGUUUACACUAAAUAUUAUUCUUAGUACAUAUCAUGAACAUCCCGGUGAUCUUUCUUAUCCAGGCUUGCUAAACCUUGGAAAAUUUAUGAGCAUGCCUUAUCAGAUUUACGAAAUCCCUCUGUUCAUGAUAAUGGGAACAAUUGGCGGAAUUCUAGGUGCUCUUUGGAAUUAUAUAAAUUAUAAAAUGACCUGCUUUCGUUUACGAUACGUAAAAAAGAAAUGGUUGAAAGUAAUAGAGGCUCUCUUUGUUGCUGCACUAAGUGCAUCAAUGGGGUUUGCAAUGAUUUAUUUCGUGAGUGAUUGCAAACCAUUAGGAAAAGAUCCCACCAAGUUUCCUAUUCAGAUGUAUUGUGCAGAAGGCCAAUACAGUGCAGUGGCAACUUUAUGGUUUCAAACUCCCGAAAGUAGUGUACGAUCUUUGUUUCAUGAUUCCAAAGAUUCCCAUAAUAACAUAACUUUAGCUAUUUUUGUUAUCCUCUACUUUUUAUUGGCUGCUGCUACCUUUGGUCUAUCUAUGUCUAGUGGACUUUUCAUUCCAUCCCUCCUAAUUGGUUCUGCAUGGGGUAGACUAAUUGGAUCAGGCCUUGCAAAAACCUUUCCAAAUUGUGCCGUUUUAGACCCUGGAAAGUAUGCUUUAUUAGGCGCAGCUGCUCAAUUGGGAGGAGUAGUUAGAAUGACCAUAAGUUUAACUGCUAUACUUAUAGAAGCCACUCAAGGAAUAUCCUUUGGUUUACCAGUUAUAAUAGUUCUUGUUAUGGCUAAAUGGGUUGGAGACUUUUUCAAUGAGGGAAUUUAUGAUAUUCAUACGCAAAUGGCCGGAAUUCCUUUAUUACCAUGGGAAGCCCCACCAUUAACGAACAAUAUAUAUGCCAGUGAGAUAAUGAGCCAUCCAGUAGUAACGUUACAAACUGUAGAAAAUGUAGGACAUAUAGUAGAACUUCUUAAAUGCGUAACAUUUAACGGUUUUCCUGUAGUUGACCCUCCUAGCAGCGACCAGAAUGAAAUACCAUGUUAUAGACGAUUCCGAGGAUUAAUUAUACGUUCGCAAUUAAUAGUGUUAUUGCAAAAUAAAAUAUUCAACGAAUAUUCUGAAUAUUGGGAUAAAUCCUUAAACAUAAAAAUGUUCAGAAAAGAAUAUCCUAGAUAUCCAACAAUCGACCAAGUGACUGUAACUGAAGAAGAAAAAACUUAUACUAUGGAUUUAAGACCUUUCAUGAACCCUUCUCCCUAUACAUUACAGCAUUGUGCAACACUGCCACGAGUAUUUCGGCUCUUCAGAGCUCUAGGUCUUCGACAUUUGCCAAUAGUUAACGAUACGAAUGAGGUGAUUGGAAUUAUUACGAGAAAAGAUGUAGCCAGAUUUAGGAUAUGGAAACAUAGAGGAAGAAUGGGACUAGAUGAACUUCUUAUUACUGACAAAGUUUAAUUACAAUUUCUUUAUAUAAAAAACUUGCAAAGUAAAUCAAAGUAUUAUAAAAUGAAGGGAGAUGAAAUCAUCCAAACACAAGGUAGUUACACAUAACACUAGUUAUUUAUAAAUAAUU